UUUAUCGGUCAUUUUCACGUACACGUCGCUUGCCGGGAAAUUUUGUACCCAUUUCAUCAGAUUUUCAUACGUUUGUUAUAAAUUAAUUGUUAAUUUACUCAGUCGUGUAUAACUGUGCUUAAAUAAUAGGUGAUCGUGUUGUAAGAUAAGUGCGAAAGCUUGUGUUACAACCAGAGGCGCCAUUCUUUUCACAGAACGUGGUGAAGUGAUCUAUCUUUUGAAUCGUCAAGGACAGAAGGAAAAUGGCACAGGAAGCCGAUAUACCGACUUUCAAAUGCGUUCUGGUUGGAGACGGUGGUACCGGAAAGACCACAUUCGUCAAACGGCACUUAACCGGCGAAUUUGAAAAGAAGUAUGUAGCAACCUUGGGCGUCGAGGUGCAUCCCUUGAUCUUUCAUACAAAUCGAGGGCCGAUUCGAUUCAAUGUGUGGGACACAGCUGGCCAGGAAAAGUUUGGUGGACUCAGAGAUGGUUACUAUAUUCAAGGACAAUGUGCCGUCAUCAUGUUUGAUGUUACGUCAAGAGUUACGUACAAAAAUGUACCCAACUGGCAUAGGGAUUUGGUUAGAGUUUGCGAGAACAUACCUAUUGUACUUUGUGGCAACAAAGUUGACAUCAAAGACAGGAAGGUCAAAGCCAAAAGCAUCGUUUUCCACAGAAAAAAGAACUUGCAGUACUAUGACAUCAGCGCAAAAAGUAAUUACAACUUCGAGAAACCUUUCUUAUGGUUGGCACGUAAAUUGAUCGGUGAUCCCAAUCUGGAAUUCGUCGCAAUGCCAGCUCUUCUUCCUCCCGAAGUUACCAUGGAUCCACAAUGGCAGCAGCAAAUCGAAAAGGACCUCAAGGAGGCUCAAGACACCGCGUUACCGGAAGACGACGAAGAUCUUUAGUUUGUUACGUCGUGUGUACAAUAUAAACAGAGGCAAAUUGUACACCAGCGUACACAGUUACGUCGUGUACUCGUGCCUCUUCAUAGGUCGAAGAUUCUUUCUUCGAAGGAAUUAACAUUCGCGCAUAGUUUGGUUCGUCACCCGAUGCAAAUAAUAAUGGCAGAAAUAUUUCUGUGACUUGGCGUUUUUCAAACUUUCAGAAAGGAUGUAGGAAUUGAACGUUGUUUCUGCGUGCAUAAGAAUUCCCGUUCGUGAACGUGGUUUCGCGCGAUGCCUAAUUUUGAACGAACAUUGUACGAAUCAGCGUCCUUCCCACUAAUUUUGAGAGCAUAAUUUCAAGUUACGACUUUGUCGCGAAAAAUCACUUCAUACCUGAAAUUGUGCUCGUUCUACAUUCUUUCUUUCGUUAAUGUAAUACGUAUGUGUAUGCGUGAGUGCGCGUAUGCGUCGCGUGAAACGAUGUAUGCAACGUAAUAUCGGUAUAUAAUUUACUAUUAGAAGCCUUACUGGCUGGCUGACUUUAAGCUUCAACAUAGUUAAUUUGUCUAAUUUUUCUGUACUCUGCGGGAAAACAUAGUAAAUUGUCUGCUUUUGAAUGAACUGUUGCGACGUUUUAGCUCGUAAACCAAACAUUAAUUCUACGAGAAAGAAUCUUUCGAUGUUGUACGAAACACUGACGUUAACGUUUACAGGCCACACACAUAUAUACCCAAUAAACAACAAACUGGAGCUGUCAAAAUAGUCCAGUCUUUUUACCAAUUGAUAACGUAACUUUUGCUGCUACUUUACAUGCUGGUUGCGCGAUAACGAACGAAUAAAAAGAUUUUGAUUAAUAGUACCUAUAAAUUGGUUGAGCAGUGCAGUGACAAUUUUUGCGGAUAAUUCACGAUUCCAAGCCACAGUUUUAUCGCGUGAAAUAAUGUUUCAAUUAGAACGAAGAACGGUUUGUAGUCAGUUGCGCCUGUCCACGAUAAUGAGAACUGUUUAUUAUUUUUAUAAGCGAAGGUGAGUGUAUGAUUUGUUCAACUUAAAUUAUAUAAACAGUGUUUUUCUUUUCUAUACAAAACGGUAGUUUCGUUGGCAGACGGAUAAAACACUGCGUAUGUUCCUUUCCCCAAUUCCUGUAUUUCGUUACUAAUGACAAUGUACAAUGCACGAUAAAACCGUGUACAUAAAUGCCAUCAAAUUUCUGUCAACACUGAGAAACUACAAAAAUCAGAGAAGCAAAGAAGCACCAAUUACUGAGUGUUUUAAAAUUCUGCUUAAAGCAGCUUGUACCGUUGAUGUAUUGAAUUAAAUAAAUCAUCAUUGAACUGUU